CUCUUGGCCCUUUUUCUUUUCAGAAUAUAAACCCUCCACUCUGCUGCAGUCAGUAUACCUUACACUGUAGGUACUGUCUCAGUAAAGAGAGACUACAGUAAUAAAUCUAUAAGCUAAGCCGGGAUGCUGCAUGCCAUCCCUAACCAUUAAUUUAGACUCUCUGCCAGUGCCCAGUGGAAGACAGAACUAACUGCAGAUCAGGGCCAAUCCGUUGUUUCUUUGUUCUGUUAUCAUGUGAGCAGGGGGGCUGUUGUUUUUUUUUUGCUUUCCCAGUCAAGUCAGUAACCCCCUCUCCCCUCUCUUCUUUCUCUUAAAUUUCUUUCAUCGACUCUCUUCUUUCUUUUCUCCAUUCUUUGGUAUUUGGCGAAAGCUAUUCUUGAACGUGAUAUUAUCUGAUUUUGCUGCUUGAGGCAAUGAUUAUGAGCGACAGACCACGCCCCGAACCGAGUGACAAGGACGCUGGAUCUUCAUCAGACGAGGACCAGAGCGAGUCCUAUUCGCCACAAUCGAGCUCCAAGAUAAAAGGCGAAGACGGCUCGGACGACUCAGAGGAUUCGGACGAGUACACCACCGACGACGACUCGUCAGACGAGGACCAAAGCGUAUCUGCUUCCCCACCACCAAGCCCCAAGGUGAAAGAAGAGGGCGGCGAGACCGGCGAGGAUACCUCAGACGAUAUUCAAGAGAUACCAGCCAUGUCUCUGUCUGCGCCUCGGGUUGUAGCAGAACCACUGCGCGAAAACGACCGCGAGGUUCCAAUUCCACCCGAAGUACUUGAAAUUUUGGAGAAAUGGCACGAAAAUAAUGGCAAGAAAAAACCACCUCCAUGCCCCGGCAGGAUAGACUCCAAUGACAAGAGCUUUAAGACUUUCAACAAGGAAAUGCAGGAAGUCAGGCUUUCUACAUAUGUCAUCCAAAAGCCCGUAAAAUACUGCGUCAGGGUUCUCCAUGACAAUGGAAAUGCAAAGAUAGUCGGCUGUGUUGACAUCCAUAACCGGAAGCUUGGCACCUUUCUCAGAGCGUGGACUGAUACGGAGGAAGGAUGGGAGUCUGAAUGCUGUGCGGUCAAGAUUCUUGGUCCUCGGUCAGAGAAGAUCAAAUGCCCUACCCAAGUCUGGAAGAAGGCCCCCACUGGCAAACCAUCUGGGGGAUGGAAACCACAAAAACCGCAAAAACCGCAAAAACCGCAAAAACCGCAAAAACCGCAAAAGACAUCAUCACAGCCGAAGCAAUCGUCACAGACCAAGAAAUUGUCGCAACCAAAGAAACCGUCGCAGCCAAAGAAACCGUCGCAGCCAAAGAAACCGUCGCAGCCAAAGACAUUGUCACAACCAGAGACAUUAUCACAGGCGACAUCGCAGCAGCAAAGUGCAAGGCCAACAAGAACAACCCGUCAGAUCAUACGCUCACAAAACCUAGUCACCCCGGAGUCCUCUGCUACAACAGGCUCACCUCGACCCUUACCAGAAGACCAAGAUGCCAGGAAAUCUGUAGGGAGAUCAAUUCCUGCAUCCAAAAAACGCAAAAGGGAUGAUGAAGAUGAUAGUAUAUUAUUCAAGUUUAUCGACCCUAACUCUGACGAAGAAAUACGUGCCCAAGUGUUUACUUUGGAAGAAUGUGCUACCAUCAAGGAUCUCUUCUCCAUAGCACGGGGCUUUUUCCAAUCCACUGACGAUGAUGUCGAGGUAUCUGUACUUGAUUGUAAGAUAUCUUCCAAAACCAGACAACGCUAUGAGACGCAAACGAUGCGGGAAACCAGUAAAGGGUUUGAACACUUGCUUUGUGCUGCGAGAGAGUUGAAACACCCUAAAGAUGGACAGUUGAUAAUCAAAGUCUUCAACCGCGGUAAUUAGAUGGAGGACCGGUGUGCUUUAUGUAUUUAGUAUUUCUCUUCAUGUUUACCGAUUGUAUGGAGUAUGGAAGCGUUUUUGAUGUUUGUAAUUUGGUUAUCAGCUUGCAAAUACAUUUCCUUUAUCGACUGAAUAUUGAUAAACAGAAUAUUCUUGCUUGAUGAUAAAACGAUACA